GUCUGAACGAGGUGUGGCCCAGGCCCACACGUUAGCCACACUCGCCCGCCGCUACGCCCCCACCCAGCCUCGGGUUCGCUGGGAAACCGAAGGCCGUAGAGCCGGACUUGCAGAGCACUGCGGCGAGACAUGAGGGGCUUCCGCUCUGCGCUGGUCCGCGCGGCGCGGUCGCGGUCGCGGGCGGAGCUCCAGACCGCGCAGCGCCAGCGGCCGUCGGAUCUCGCCCAGCGUUUUUCCCACUCCGCGGCGGCCCCGGAGAAGCCGUCCUUUGGCAUCGCGUUCGACAUCGACGGGGUCAUCCUGCGCGGCCGCAGCCCGAUCGGGGGCGCGCCACGGGCCAUCCGCCGCCUCUACUCCGAAGACGGUACCCUGAAGAUUCCGUUUCUGUUUUUGACCAACGGAGGAGGUGUUCCAGAGCACAGAAGGGCUCUUGAGCUAAGCCAACUUUUAGGGGUUAACAUUUCUCCUACACAGGUCGUGCAUGGCCAUUCUCCCUACAGAGAGCUGGUGGAUCGUUUUGAAAAUGACCUUAUUGUUGCUGUUGGAAAAGGAGAGACUGCAGUAGUGAUGUCUGAGUACGGAUUUAGAAAAGUUCUAUCCAUAGAUGAAUAUGCAUCUUAUUUUAAAGAUAUUGACCCCCUGGCUCCUUUCAAGACUUGGAAAGUUGGGCAAAAAACAAACAGUUACAUGUCUGCAAAAGUGCACCCAUCAUAUGAUGUUUAUUCAGAGAGAGUUAAAGGAGUGUUUGUUGUCAGCGAUUGUAACGAUCCUGUUGACUGGGGAAGAGAUCUACAGGUACUUUGUGACAUCUUGUCCACUGGUGGACUUCCUGGGAGUGGAAAAGGGGAUCAACCUCCUUUGUAUUUUGCAGCUGAUGAUCUUGAAUACCAGGCAGCAUUUCCUUCUGAACGGCUUGGGAUGGGUGCCUUCAGGAUAGCAUUGGAAAGUAUCUUCAAUCAAAUAAAUGAUCAUCCCCUGAAGUAUACAUCUUAUGGAAAACCGAAUCCAUUUGUGUUCAAGAAUGCAGCAAGCAUACUUGAAAAGCUUCUUAUGAGUAUGUAUCCUAAUUCACAGUCAUCAAAGGAAGUAAAAGAUUGUCUGUUUUCAACUAUCUACAUGGUUGGUGACAAUCCUAAAGUUGAUAUCAAUGGAGCUUUGAAGGCUGGCCACCCAUGGUCGUCUGUUCUUACAAGAACGGGUGUUUUUAGGGGAAAAGAUAAUGAUCCACAGUUUCCUGCAGAUGCGGUUGUUGAUACGGUAGAAGAUGCCAUCAACUAUAUUUUGGAGAAGGAAUGUAUACGGUGACAAUACCAUCUAUACUCCUUUGACCCUUCAUUGUUAUUUGGCGUGAUUGACAACAUGUACAGCCAAUUUCCUCUUUCUGUCUAGUAAAUUUGGAAUAAUCGUCGGCUGUAGAUUGAUCUCUUAUUCAUUCUACUUACAAAUACACGGUGGUGACAUCAGGCCACAUUCCUUUGCUAAUAUUUUUGUUGGCUGAAGGGGCUAAUUUAUUAUUUGUAGAAAGAUCAAAAGCUCUAUGCUGUGGGGCUGAAACUGAAAAUUUGAAGCAAAUUCAAAAUUUGCGUCAUUGCUUUAAA